AUGGAUAGAGGAAUAUUAAAAUUAGUAAUUAAAGGUCAUCACCAAAUAAAAAAAUUAACUUACCGAGUAAAACGUUUUGAUGAUGGGAAGUGGCAUAAAUUGGAAAUAAUUAAGAAAGGAAGAGAAAUUGGGCUAAAAGUCGACGAAUUUACAACAGAAAAGCUAUUGGAUGCUCCUUCCCCAAAAGUUAUGCGUCGUCGAAUGUAUAUUGGGGGAGUAAUUAAUAAACACAGAAGAAUGUUUAAUUUACCAAGGAACCGAUUGCCACCAAGUUUUGAUGUAAAAUAAAUUUAAAAAUUAUUUUUCUGAAUUCAUAAGAAAAUAUAAAUGAAAUAUAGGGAGGUUUAGGAAACUUUUAGAAAAAUGUAUGGAACUGCGGGACAGAAAUCACUUAGAGAAUCAGUCUCGUUUGGGUAUCACUUGUCAUUAAAUUUUGUGUUUUGCGGUGUAUUGGGCUCCCGUUUUGGAAAUAGAAAAUUUUAUAU